AUGUUUUCCCCUGCAGGUGUGAAGUCUAUAGACGACUGCCCUGUUCAGCCAAUGAUUCCUCUCUACCUGCUGGUGGGUGGGGUUGUUGGCAGCGUAAAGGUCACGUUGCUCGUGUAUGACACCACCCGCAUGAGGUCGCUCAUCUCCAAGUCGGUCGUCAUCGGCGACGACGAUGCCGACGAGUAUCCGUGGCGACAGAACGCAAAACAAGUACUACGUGCACACGCCCUCAGCCUGUUCCUGUUCGUCUGGUUCCUCCUGGGGAACUACUGGGUGUUCUCUGUGUUCCAGCCCAACUUCAUCACACCCUUCCACCAGCCACAGGACUACUGCAGGAAGUCUCUGUACCUGUUUGCUGUGUUUGUGUUGGCGCUCAGCCACACCGUGCUGGUUCUACUGCUCUGCUGUGGGGUCUGUCUACGUGUCUGCUCUCAGACCAGCACCAGGGACGACUAUGGGGAUAGUGAUGACGACUGA